AUGAGAAGGUCCAUAGGAGGGAGGAAAUCUGGGUCUGCUAUCAGUAUUUGUAGAUUCCUCAGGGAAUGGAGAAGAGAGAAGACAGAUCCCUACAGGUCUUUUGUUACAGGUCUGGAGAUGAACCUGGAAAACUGUAAUUGGAGGACAGGAACUAGCAUGAAGAUUGCUUACCUCAUUUUCUGGCCUGAAAGGGCAGUGGAUUUCCAGGGAGUAUCUAGUAUGUUGGCAGCUGAGCCAAAUGGAUGGAGAAAGAAAGAGAGAAAUAACAUGAAGUUGGGUAGGGAUGAAGAGAGCUCUGGAGGCUCUGAGAGCAGUCAAGGGAAGGCCAAGAGAAAUGCAUCUACAACCACAACUGUGAUAGACAACAAAAAUGGGUCUCUGCCCAAGUCCCCUGGAAAGGUGCUGAAGAGGACGGUCACCGAAGACAUCGUGACCACCUUCAGCUCCCCUGCAGCCUGGCUUCUGGUCAUCGCUCUGAUAAUCACAUGGUCAGCUGUGGCAAUUGUCAUGUUUGACUUAGUGGAUUACAAAAACUUUUCAGCAAGCUCCAUUGCCAAGAUUGGUUCAGAUCCUCUAAAAUUCGUAAAUGAUGUUGUGGAGGAAACGACUGACUGGAUCUAUGGCUUCUUUGCUUUGCUGUCUGACAUCAUCUCAUCUGAAGGUGAUGAAGAAGAUGAGGAUGCAGACGAGGACAUUGAUAAAGGAGAAAUAGAAGAACCUCCCUUAAAAAGAAAAGAAAUACACAAAGAAAAAGCCGAAAAGCAGGAGAAACCUGAGAAAAAAAUGCAGACUAAAGUUUCACCCAGAGAAAAGGAAAAAGGAAAAGAAAAAACAAAAGACGGAGAAAAACCCGAGAAGAAAGCAACACACAAGGAGAAACUUGAGAAAAAAGAAAAGCCAGAGAGAAAGACAAUGGCAAAAGAGGACAAGAAAGUUAAGACUAAGGAAAAGACCGAAGAAAAGACGAAGAAGGAAAUGAAAGUUGGGAAACAAGAGAAAGGGAAGCCAGCAGCUGCCAAAGUAAAAGAAGCUCCUCCGAAAACCCCACCAAAGGCCAGGGAGAGGGAUGACAAAGAGACCUCAGCUGUGCCUGGGCAUGAACAGAAAGAUCAGUAUGCAUUCUGUCGAUAUAUGAUUGACAUGUUUGUCCAUGGGGAUUUAAAACCAGGACAAAGCCCGGCCUUCCCACCACCAGGACGGGAAGCACCAGCUUCUAGGCCUGCUCUGUCAACGCCUGCUCCUGAAGAAAAAGAAAAAGAGGAGAUGAAGAUAAGAGAGAAGAAAGUUACUUCUGAAACAAAAAAGAAAGAAAAAGGAGAAGCCAAAAAGAAAAGCGAGAAAGAAACUGCCGUUGAUGUGAAAAGCAAAGAGCCAGGAAAAUCCGAAGCCAAACAAACAACUACAAAAGUCACAGCACAAGCAGCAGCUAAAAAGGAUGAAAAGAAGGAAGAUUCCAAGAAAAUGAAAAAAACUCCAGAAGAACAAUCCAAGGGGAAAAAACAGGAAAAGAAAGAAAAACCCGCAGAACCAGCAAAGUCAACAAAAAUGGAACCUCAAGCUCCAAGUGAAAAACCUGGGAAAGCAAAAGCUGAACGAUCCAAAGAAGAGAUUGUGGCUGCCUCAACCAAAAAGGCCACUCACGGAAAGAAAGAAGAGAAAGCCAAGACAGUGGAGCAAGGUAAAAAAAAAAAAAAUAAAAUUCCAAAACCCUGUCUCGAAAAACCAAAAAAAAAAAAAAAAAAAGAAAGAAAAGAAAUUGAAUUAGAGCCACAAGUGAAAAAAGAAGAGAAGUCAGAGCCACAAAUUAAAAAGGAAGCAAAACCAGCUCCACCUGACAAAGCUCAAACACACAAACAGGGCGAUUCCAAACCAGAGCAAGUUGUUCCUCGUGGUAAACCAGAACAAAAAGUUCUCAAGCAGUUAAAAGCUAUCACAGCAGAGAAGACAGAAAAAGCCGAACCUCAAGAAAAAGAUCGUCAGUCUAUGACAACAGAAGAAACAUCAGAAGUCACAGACUCAGGGAAGAAGAAAGUUGAAAAAUCUGAAAAGGAAAGUAAAGUUCCCACAAGACAAGAAAAUCUUCAGGGCCACAACGUGACUCAAGAAGAAAAACCUGCAAAAAUAUCAAAAGAUUCCAAAGACACACCAGCUUCAAAGAAAGGCAAAGAUUCCAAAGACAUAUCAGCUUCAAAUAAAGACAAAGAAGUAACUGAUGAUGUAUCUUCCCAAAAGAAGCAAAAAAAUCCCAUCAGUUUCUUUCAGUGUGUCUACUUGGAUGGAUACAAUGGCUACGGAUUUCAGUUUCCUGUCACUCCUGCCCAACGCCCUGGAGAGAACUCUGGCAAACCAAACUCUCCAGGACAGAAGCAGCAAGGACAGUAG